AAAGAAGUCCGUGUUGAGAAAGUCUUGGCAAAUCCUCCGCACCAAAAAAACAUGGAGAACGAGGCUACGGCCAUUGAAGGGAUGGAGCUGCUGACAGAAGAUGUGCUGAUGGAGAUCUUAUCUCGUCUCUCCGUGAAAUCACUUCUUCGAUGCAAAUCAGUCUCCAAAAACUGGUAUUCUCUCAUCCGAAACCCUAGCUUCAUCUCCCUCCACCACACCCGUGCCCAACCCCACGACUGCAUCUCGCUCGUUCGCACUGACAACAAUUAUACCCACCAUUGGUUCUAUUAUUUAUUCCCCGGCCAAACUUCAAUCCAACAUCUAGAUCUCUCUUUCACCGAGAGGCCAGUCGACCUUAGUAGUUUCAGGAUCCGUGGCUCUUGUAAUGGCCUCAUGUGUCUCUCCGAGUGGUUCAAGGCGAAUAUCAUGAUAUGCAACCCUGCAACGAGAGAAUUUAGGCUACUCCCUCGACCCCCUUAUCAUAAUUGGCGUACUAAUCAUGUAGGGUUUGCUUUUGAUUCCAAAACUAAUGAUUAUAUAGUGGUCAGGGUCGCCACCCUCUAUGAAUUUUCGAAAGCAGUGGAUAUGGACUUUGAACCACCCACGCGCUUUGAUCAAAAAGUUAUGGACCUUGAAACACCCACGCGCAUUGAUCAUAAAAUUCAGAUCUAUGGCAUGAGUAGAGACUCAUGGAAAGAAAUCGCUGCUACGGUGCCCAACCAUAGAUUCAGUCCUUAUGAUCAUCCUUCCACAUUAAUGGAUGGGGUUUUCUACUGGCUAUGUUAUGACUUUUCUAUUGAGGUCUGCGCUAUUGAUGUCUUAAACACCGUUGAAGGAUCGUUCAAACAAAGAGCCUUGCCCGUCAGCAUUGGCUCUGCAUCGCGACCUAAUAUUUGUCUUCUGAAUGAUUCCCUUGUCCUUGUUGUGCCAAUGUAUGACAACCAGCUAGAAGAGACGCAGUUUGACGUGUGGUUAAUGAAAGAAUACAGAGUUCAGGAGUGUUGGACUAAAAAGUACACUAUUGGGCCCAUCUUAGGAAAUCAGCGUCCAUUUGGGUUUCGGCCAAAUAGCGAGGUUCUUCUGACUGGGUGCAAAAAUGGGCAGAUGGUGUCGUACAACCUUAGUACAGGGGACAUAAAAGAAUAUAAACAGUUAUGCGAUUUGCAAGGACUACAAUAUAUAGCACAAGUUUUUCCAUACUCAGAGAACCUAGUAUCUGUCAAGAGACGAUCGAGUUGAUUUAGUUUUAACCAGGAUGGUGCUGCAUUUACCUGUUACUAGUCAAGAAGACGAAGGUGAUAAGGCGUACCAAUCAGCUUCUAAUUAAUUAAAGUUCUUCGUAAUAGUCUUGUACUCAAGCACUAGCACCGUGGAACUAUGAAGUAGUUUUUGAAAAGUGUGAAAGGAUCCAAUUUCUAGGUCUAGGACAAUGGAUAUUUUCAAUUUUUAUUGUCUGUGCCUGUGUUUGCUUCCUAUGUAAUCUAAUUGUGGGCUUCAUAUCUGAUAUUGAACCUUGGUUUCAACUUAUAUUGGGAAGGAGAUACAUUUGGUUAAAUUUUAAACCGUAAGAUUUGGUGUUCUGCUUA